CUGAAUUUCGCACAAUUUUAUCCGGAUAAGUUAAACAUUAGGAAGAUAUUAUAUUUCUUCCUAACUUGUUUUGAUUAUAAGGUUGUUAUGUUUUUAGAAAACUAUGCGGAAGUAAUGGUCAUGAAAGAUAGCAGGUCUCGCUCAUCAAGAAAUUGCUAAUGUUGUGUGUGACCAGGCAGAUAGCUAGCUAGCUAAUAUUCAGUGGUUGUACAGAAAUCUACUGUGUGUAUUAAGUACAUUUUGAAUUGAAAACUGGCGAGGGUUUGCGGCACUGAUAAUGAAAGUCGUACUACGACCCAGAGUAGAAUAGCUACAAGUGGCAGUGAGUUUAACGUAGCAUACUAAGCUAACUAGCUAACAAUUAGCUGUGCUUUUACAGGACAGGAGGUAGCCACGUAUGAACCUCUGUCCAGUCGUAGGUACCUAAUUCCUGGUUGUAAUAUACUAGCUAAAAAGUGUUCAUUUAGCAGGAUAUAUAUUAGAUUUUCAAAACAAGUCUUAAUCUAGAAUGAGCGCGCGUCCAUAGUUCUGAAAUGUUAUAAACCGGAGCCUCGCGUGCUUCCGGGUUCGAUGUUGCAUUGAGCAGAUGAUGAAGCGGAUCAUCUGGGUGAUCUCAGGACUAAACAGAAGGAUGAUGAAGCUACUGGUCGCCCUCGCUUUGAUCGCCUACAUUGCCUCUGUCUGGGGAACCUACACCAAUAUGAGAUCCAUACAGGAACAUGGAGAGAUGAAGAUUGAGGAAAGGAUUGACGAGGCAGUUGCUCCCCUCAGAGAGAAGAUCCGGGAUCUGGAGCUGAGGUAUGUCUGUUUCAUCACACACACCUGCAAGCAAACACACACACAUACAAACAAACGCAAGCAAACACACACACAUACAAACAAACGCAAGCAAACACACACACACACAAACAAACGCAAGUAAACACACACACACACA